AGAGGGUAUUUGCGAUAGUGCAACUCGAAGUCUCGAAUCGCGUCUCAGUGUGCUUUGAAGCCGACAAUUGUACGUGUGAACCGGCAACUUGCCAUUUUAUCACAAAUAAAUACAACUUACAAUAACCCAAGGGUAUAAAUUAUUAAAAAAUGUCAGACGAUAAUUCACCAGCUGUAGAAGAGCAGAAAAAGAAGCGUGGUCGUCCAGCGAAAUCAGAUAAAACUGGUGUUGUAAAAGAACCAAAAAAGCGUGGUAGAUCUGUUGCUGAAAAAAAUAAUUCACCACGUACACCAAAAUCUGAUAAUGAAGAUGAUGCACCAGCUGGACCAGUCAAGAGAGGUAGAGGUAGACCAAAAGGUUCACACAAGAAGAAGGGAUCACCCAAAUCAUCAUCAGCAGGCUCAGGUGGUCGUGGACGUGGAAGACCCAAGAAAGUAGAAGAUAAACCUGAAAGCACCGGUGAAGAAGAAGAUGAACAAGAAGAAGAUGAAGAAGAAGAAGAAAAUUGAACUUUGAUAAAAUAAUAAAAAAAAAAAAAUCUACCAUAAAUAAUAAUAAUAUUAAUAAUAAUAAUAAAAAAUUAAAAAACAAGUGAAAAAAAAAAGGAAAAAAAGAAAAAUUAUAUAAAGAUACAAAAAAAAAAAACAAAAAAAAAAUUAAAUUUACUCUUGAAUAUUAUUUUAUUUUUUCGUAAAUGUUUUUCGAUAUAUAUAUAUAUUUUUUUUUUUUCUUUUUUUCUUUUGAGUCAUCGUCAAAAUAAUUGUAAUAUUCUUCGAUUUUUCAUAAUUAUUGAUUAGAAAUAUUUAAGACGAUAAAGAAGAAGGAAAAAAAAAAAAAAAAGGAAAAUUAAUUUUAAGCAGCUCUCAAUUUUAUUUUCUAGUAUUAUUAUUGUCAAAACAUUCUAAACGAGAUCAAAUAAUAAUAUUUUAUGCCGAACAUGUGAUUAUCUCGAAUUAAUUAAUACUCUUCUUUGUUUUUUAUUUUUUUUUUUUUUCAAUCUUUUUUCUGACCUAAAUGAGCAUGCUCGACGUUUUUUUAAUUUUCAUCUACUCGUGCAUACUCUUGAUGCUACCGUCGAGAAAAUUGAAUAUUAUUAAAUGAAAAAAAAAAUAACAACAAAUUGUUUAAUAAAAUUCUAUCAAUAUUAAAAUAAUAACUAAAAAAAAAA